AUGGCAAAGCUUAUUCUACUUACGGGUCUAACCCUUCUGCUGAAUUCUCAGCUGGGUUCUACCUACUUUCUGACAUGCUACUUCACCAACUGGGCCCAGUACCGGCCAGGCACUGGGCACAUCAAUCCUGAUGACAUCAACCCUCUCUGUACUCACCUGAUCUAUGCCUUUGCUGGGAUGCACAACAAUGAGAUCACCACCACUCAGUGGAAAGAUGUGACUCUCUAUCAAGCUUUCAGUGGCCUGAAAAACAAGAAUAGCCAGCUGAAAACUCUCCUGGCCAUUAGAGGCUGGAACUUUGGAACUGCCCUAUUCACUGCUAUGGUUUCCACUCCUGAGAACUGAAAGACUUUCAUUGCCUCAGUCAUCAAAUUCCUGUGUCAGUAUGAGUUUGACAGGCUGGACUUUGACUAGGAGUAUCCUGGCUCUCGUGGGAGCCCUCCUCAGGAUAAGCACCUCUUCACCCUCCUGGUGCAGGAAAUGCAUCAAGCUUUUAAGCAGGAAACCAAGCAGGUCAACAAGUCCAGGCUGAUGAUCACCACUGCGGUAGCUGCUGGCAUCUCUAACACAUCUGGCUAUGAGAUCCCCCAGCUGUCCCAGUACCUGAACUACAUCCAUGACAUGACCUAUGACUUCCAUGGUUCCUGGGAGAGCAACACUGGAGAGAACAGCCCCUUCUACAAGUAUCCCGGUGACACUGGCAGCAACGCCUCCCUCAUUGUGGAAUAUGCCAUGAACUACUGGAAGAAUAAUGGACCCCCAGCCGAGAAGCUCAUCAUUGGAUUCUCAACCUAUGGACACACCUGUAUCCUGAGCAACCCCUCCAAUACCAGCAUUGGUGCACCCACCUCUGAUGUUGGUCCUGCUGGGCCCUACACCAGGCAGGCUGGAUUCUGGGCAUACUAUGAGAUCUAUACUUUUCUGAAAAAUGGAGCCACUCAGGAACGGGAUGCCCCUCAGGAUGUGCCUUAUGCCUAUCAGGGCAAUGAGUGAGUUGGUUAUGACAACGACAAGAGCUUCAAUAUCAAGGCUCAAUGGCUUAAGCAGAGCAACUUUGGAGGCACCAAGAUCUGGGCCAUUGGCCUGGAUGACUUCACUGGUAAUUUCUGCAGCCAGAGCAAGCUCCCCCUGAUCUCCAUCCUGAAGAAUGCUCUUGGCUUGCAGAGUGCAAGUUGCACCCCACCAGCUCAGCCCAUUGCCCCAAUAACACUUUCUCCCAGCAGUGGAAGCAGAAGUGGGAGCGGAAGUGGGAGUGGAAGCAGCAGCUCUGGAGGCAGCUAUGGGGGCAGUGGAUUCUGGGCUGGCAAAGCCAAUGGACUGUUCCCUGUGGCUAGUAAAAGAAAUGCCUUCUGGCACUGCCUGAAUGGAAUCACAUACCAGCAACACUGCCAGGCUGGGUUUGUCUUUGACAUCAGCUGUGAUUGCUGCAACUGGGCAUAA